UUUUUUUUUUCGAAACCAAAUUUUUUUUUAAUAUAUAUGAACUCAUAUGAGCCACACUCCUCCUUCUCAUAAAACACAUGCAAGACAAAUAUCAUUACCUACAGUCUAUGAAGAUAAUGACCCUUAUAGAAUCGUGAAGAAAAGUCCCCGUAUAGCUAAUUCCGACCAUAGUUCAGAUUUUGAUGCUGUUCAUUCCCGUACAGCUUCAGACAGUAGUACGAGCCGACUUUAUCCUCUUGCACCCGAUUAUGAGGAUCCAUACGCAAAAGCACAUAAAAAAUAUCGCCAUAUAAGCGAUAGAGCCAACUCAUAUUUACCUUAUUCACAUCAUUUAAGAGACCCUAACCAGAAAACAGAACCUAUUCAUCUUCAAGAAGAAGACUAUAUAGCACCCCCAUUAUCCCUAGGGGUAGGUUCUAUGCUGCAGGAUAAUAUUACCGAUCAAAUCAAUAUGAACAGACGACCUUCUCAAGCCCCUCAUGCACCCUAUACAGAUAAAAUACUACCUGUGGAUAUCAAACGACGUAAAAAGAAGCGUUGUUGUGGAAUGCGAUACAGAACAGUGGCUUUUUUGAGUCUGCUGGCAGUAGCAGUGAUUGUAGUCGUCUGGUUCUUUGUUUGGCCUCGUGUACCUUCUCUCUCUGUGGAAGAUGUGGAUAAUGUGGGUACAUUACAAGUAGUGACAAAUACGACCAAGAUGAGUUUAUCUACCCAAUGGCAACUUAACAUCACAGCAGAUAAUUCAGACAAUUGGGUUCCUACUCGUAUUUCUUCCAUUGAUGUGACGAUUGUGGAUGAUUCUACUCAACUUGCUUUUGGCGCUGGUUCUACUGGCAGUCUUGUACUCAGCCCUCGAAAGAAAUCAGCCAUUGCCAUACCUAUGGACAUUCACUAUGAAACGACUUUGACCAAUGACACUACAUUUCAAGACCUUUAUAAUGCGUGUGGUGUUCAAGUCACGUCAAGUAUGCCUUUUGAAAAUCAACAGGAUGUCUUGAAUGUUACACUACAUGUCACUUUUCAUAUUGCUGGUAUUGUUUGGUCCCCUAUGCGAGAUAUACCUAUCCAUGGCCUUAUAUGUCCUACCAAUUAGUAUAUAUACCCUUCUUUGUAAUAUAAUAGAAUAUGAUUGGCUUUUGAUAAGAUACAUGAAAGCGGGUAAACGAAUUACCUUGUCAUGACGCCCUUUUCUUUUUCCUUUUUUUUUUUUUUUUUUUUUUU